UAACUGAGCUACCUCAAUUAACGAUUUGAAGGAAAAUAUAUCGCCACCUAGCGGAAUACAUUGAAAACUUAUCGAUACGACCGUGUAUAAUCCAUCCACAAGACGUCAGAAAUUAAGCCAUCAACUAGUUUCAAAAAAUAUCAACGAGAUAGCGCUACAUACACCAAAACAAAAGACAUGGAAGAAAUAAAAAAGCUAUUAGAGAAAAUGCAACAAGAAAUUAGACAGUCAAAAAUGGAAAUGUUAGAAAUGAAAGAGGAAAUAAAAACAACUAUUAUUAACAGUCUAAAUGAAAAAUUUUCGAAUUUCGAAGCGAAACAAGAUCACUUCGAAACAAAAAUCCAACAACAAAGUACAGCGAUAAAAAACUUUGAAAGAUACAUUCGACGUAAAAAUCUAAUCUUGUUCGGCGUAGAGGAACAAGAGAAAUCAUAUGAUGAGCUGGAGAAUACCAUAAUAAAUUUAAUAAAUACACACUUUAACUUCCAAUAUAAUAAUUAUAGUAUAGAAGAGGUGAGAAGACUUGGAAAAAAGAAGGAUACAAUUAGACCAAUAAAAAUAACUUUCAGCACAAUGGGAUUAAAAAUAAAAAUCUUGAAAAAUAAAAAACUACUGGAAAACACGACGUAUUACUUGAAAGAGGACUACCCAUUAGACAUCCUAAAUAAGCGUAAAGAGCUACUUGAACAGCUGAGAAAAGAGAAACAAUUAGGAAAUAAGGCCUACCUCAGUUAUGACAAACUGAUCAUAAUAAAAGACAAAGAACAACAGCCUCCUCUUAGUCACAAAAACAAAAGAAAUUUGUCUGAAAAACCAGAGUUAUUACAUGCAAGCAACCAAAUACCACGUACAUUAAUGAGAACCAGGUCCCAUUCCCAAACAAAAAAUAAAAUAAAUAAAACAAACAAACAAAUAACCCUAAAUAAAUUUGAAGCAAACACGAAACAUCUCCCCAAUCCGGUUGGUCACCGUGGGGUUAGAGACCACCACCCCCCAAAUCCACUUUUAAAUAAAAAUAAAAGAAACAAAAAGGUAUUUAUAUCAACAUUGAAUACAAGAACAUUAAAAACGCAAGACCGAUUAAACGAACUAGACCAUGCACUCAAACAAAUCAAUUGGGACAUUAUAGGCCUGUCUGAAGUUAGAAGAUCAAAUGAACAAAUACAGGAAUAUGACGACUACAUUUUGUACUACAAGAACGAAAUUCCCGGACUGUAUGGAGUUGGAUUUUUGGUAAAAAAAUAUCUCAAAGAAAAUAUCCUGGAGUUUAUUGGAAUUUCAGACAGAAUAUCAGUACUAAAUGUGAAACUGCCACAUCAUAAAAAUAAAUUAAAUAUUUCAAUAGUUCAGGUUUAUGCUCCGACAGAAAACGCAGAAGAACAAACAAAAGAUUUAUUCUAUGAGAGCUUAAGACAAACUAUGGAAACAAUACAUAAUACAGUUAUUAUUAUUGGUGAUUUUAAUUCCCAAAUAGGAAAACGAGAAAGUAAUGAAAAUAACUGCUUGGGACCUUACACGUAUGGUAAAAGGAACAAAAACGGCCACAGAUUAAUGGAUUUCGUUCAAGAAUUCAACUUAAAUGUCAUGAAUAGCUAUUUCAACAAAAAGCCGAACAAAAAAUGGACGUGGAUUUCACCCCUCGGAAAUAUUAGAAAUGAAAUUGAUUACAUUAUAACGAAUAAACCUAAAUUCUUUAUUAAUAUAGAAAUUAUAAACAGACUUGAUUUCAACACAGACCACCGAAUGGUACGCGGAACGAUAACCGCGAGUCUCAAAAAUCAACCACGGAAACAUUUAAAAAGCAGGCCACAAGAGGAUGAUAUUUCCUAACACCAUACUAAACACAUUAAAAGUCAUUU